AUGCGCAUGUACCAUCGAGGAGAAAUCCCGCCAAUGGACGGCGAUAGGUCCCAAGGAAAAAGCUUCCCGCCGAGACCACCAAAAUCUGGGCAACAGGAGAAGCGCGGACGACAACCCCGUCCGAGAAGGAUGCAGAAAAGGCGGAAGCCCCGCGGGAAAAGGAAUCGUGACGACCACGACGACCUACCUCCACCACCGAAGCGACAAGUCAGCAUGAUCAUGGGAGGCCUCCUGGAUAACGACGAUUCCAUAUCGGCGAUCAAGGAAUACGAGCGAAAGGCCGUCGCGGCACAACGCUACCCAGACACUGGAUCCGCAUGGGAGUGGAACAGGAUCCAUCAAACCUACAUCCCGUCCCCUCACCGGUUCACCGCCGAAUACACCUACAGCUGCGGAACAGUUCGGCUCCCCGUUUAUGUCGGCGGAAUUUCAAAGCUCUUGAAGUUCAUUGUCAUGGACAAACCGGCCAUCUAUAACGCAAUACUCGGCACCCCCUGGCUCCACGAAAUGAAGCCGUCAUCUCGACUUUCCACCAGUGCGUGA